UCUAAGGCCUGAUAUUUGUUCCGACAAAGUUACCAUAAGUGUUAGUUUGGUAUAGAGCUAGCGGCAUAUCUCCCGUAUAAUAGUCGAUUGUAAGAUGGCGGAGCAUCAUCACUUUGGCCUUCAUCACCAUGAAAAAGAGCACCACCAUGAAGCAGAACAUCACCACAGACGACAUGAUUCACCGGGCGACCUGUCAGAGAGUGAUCCAGGUCAACAUUACAAGCAUUCGCCAACUGUGGAAACUUUUCCACAUACAACUGCUGAUCUCGAUCAUGCAAAGUCUGAGGAGAAAAAACACAAGAAAAAGGAGCAUCACGCAGAGCUUGGUGCACUGGCAGCGGGUGCAUUAGCUAUGCACGAACAUCACAAAGAAAAAUCAGAAGGAGAAGACUCUGGCAGACACAAGCUGGAAGGGAAAAUUGCAGGUGGCCUGGGGGUAGGGGCCGUGGGCUAUGCGCUGCACGAACAUCAUGAGAAGAAAAAGGAAAAGAAGGAAAUGGAAGAACUCGAGAAGACUGGACAUGAGAAGCAUGGAUGGUUUAAAUGACUUUCUAUCCAUGUCAUAGGUCCCACGUGUCCAUACUGCCUUUACGAUGCUCUUCAGCUAGUCAUUUGAGAAAUUGAGUCUCUUUAGGAUAGACUGAAGAGUGGUGGCAAUGAAUCAAGGUGCGCCUUGUUUAAAUUGUCCAUGUUACAUCCCAGCGUAGAUAGAUUGAAUUGCGAUCUUUCUUAUUUACAUAGCCAGAUCGGGAAGAACCAUUACAGUUAGCCCACCGUUUUGGAGUGCAGUCUUUCCAAACAAACUGUCAAAGUUCAUGAUCGCGAUAUUCCAAAAAGUAAAAAACUGCUGAAUCUGAUACAUUUUCCA